ACUACCUAUCUUGCAAGUGGAACUCACACAAACCUCUCUGCUAUAUAUCUUUGUCUCCCAAACUCUGCUGCAUGGAAUUCUUAUGAUAACUAAUAAAUUAACAUCACUCCAUCUGAUCCAUCGCAGCCGUCCAAUUCAUAAUGGAUGCAAUCCUAGUAGCAGUACUAUCCAUCCUCACUCUGUACGCCCUCACCCACUUGAUCAGAUCUCUCCUCCGCAGGAGAGAUCAAUGUUGUUACAUGUUAAACUACGAAUGUUACAAGCCCAUGGACGUUGACCGGCGGUUGACCACCGACAAGUCCGCCACCGUCGUCUACCGGAACAAGAACCUGGGCGUGGAGGAGUUCAGAUUCCUCCUCCAGACCAUGGUCAACUCCGGGAUCGGGGAGAAGACGUAUAUUCCGCGGAACAUUCUAGACGGAAGGGAGGAUUCCACGACACUCGAAGAUUCCUUGGAGGAGGUGGACGACAUCAUGUUCCAGACGCUCGACCGGCUGUUCGAGAAGUCCGGGGUUUCGCCGCAGGAGAUCGACAUUCUGGUGGUCAACGUGUCGCUGCUGGCGACGGUCUCGUCGUUGACUUCCCGGGUGGUCAACCGGUACAAGAUGAGGGAGGACGUGAAGACGUUCAACCUCGCCGGAAUGGGGUGUAGCGCCAGCGUCGUCGGAAUUGACAUCGUCCAGCACCUCUUCAAAGUCUACAAGAACUCCUACGCCGUCGUCGUCAGCACCGAAUCCAUCGGAGCGAGCUGGUAUAGCGGGAAGGAGAGGUCAAUGAUGCUGUCAAACUGCCUGUUCCGGUCGGGCGGGUGCUCGAUGCUGUUCACGAACAGGCAGUUGCUGAAGCAGCGGGCGAUACUGAAGCUGAAGCACAUGGUCCGGACCCACAUCGCCGCCAUGGACGAGGCCUACGAGUGCUGCGUGCAGGUGGAGGACCCGCUCGGGUACCGCGGCUUCCACCUCUCGAAGCGGCUGCCCAAAGUAGCCACCAUAGCCCUCUCCGCCAACUUCAAGGUCUUGGUCCCCAAAAUGAUCCCCUUGUGGGAGACCCUCCGCUUCCUCCUCGUCUCCAGACUCCAACGCCCCAAGUUCAAGCUUCCUUCCUUCCUUGGCAAAGGUACCAUUAACAUGAAAACUGGGAUCGAGCAUUUUUGCCUACACCCCGGGGGGCGGGCGGUGAUCGACGGUGUGGGGUUGAGCUUGGGGCUGAACGAAUACGACCUCGAGCCCGCUCGGAUGUCAUUGCACCGGUGGGGGAACACGUCGGCGGGUGGGCUUUGGUACGUUCUUUCGUAUAUGGAAGCCAAGAAGAGGCUCAAGAGAGGUGACAGGAUACUGAUGUUGAGUCUUGGGGCAGGGUUCAAAUGCAACAACUGCGUUUGGGAGGUGAUGAGGGAUUUGGGGGAUCCAAAUGUAUGGGAAGAUUGCAUCAAUGAGUACCCUCCAAAGAAGCUGGUCAAUCCUUUCAUAGAGAAGUAUGAUUGGCUAAACGAUCCUUGUCUCAAUUUUGUUCGCACACUUACUGCAUAGAUAAUUAUUGGAAUUGUUUUCAUUACAUACUGUAUUAUUCAGGCAUAUGUUAUCUUUUAUUUGUUCAUGUCCGUACGUACAAGAUUGGUCAAAACAAGGUUUAUAUAUACUUUAGGUAUAUGGGGAUAAAAAAUAGUGACAAUUUGUACUUAUUAAAUUACCAUUUCGUUGGUUCAGAAUGCCAUACUUGUAUUCUUAUCAUUUUUUAGUUGAAGUGUACAAUAAAGAAUGGUUCAUUAUUAUUCAUGUUUAUAUAUGAUCAAGUUAUUAUUAUAAUACGGAGUAUAGAAUUGUCAAUU